GAACCCCCUCCUAAAACCAAUGAUUCUAUAGUAAAAAUCAUGUUUAGUGUGCCUAAAUACGGGUAAGCCUUCUCUCAAAUCACCCCCACCUCUCUCUUCCACUCAUAAUUUUAACAUACAAACACAUUUUGUCUCACUAUAACUAAUCCCUGUCCCGCCAUCUUCAACACCCAAAACUAAAAACAAAAAUUUUCUUCUUCAGAGCUAUCAAGGCCUCUGAAAAUCAUUUUUAUUCCCCUUAGAAUUGGUAUUGAAUGGUUGUUUUCAUGGGAACUUUUGCAAGAGCAUCUGUAGCCACUGUUGUGGCAUGGUUGGCUCUUUUUCAAAGGUAUAUAGUCGCUGUUAAUGGUCAUAAUUUGAACUACAAGGAAGCUCUCACCAAGUCCCUCAUUUUCUUGGAAGCACAAAGGUCUGGGAAACUCCCUCCUAAUAAUAGACUAGCCUGGAGAGGAGAUUCUGCUCUUGAUGAUGGAAAAGAAGCAAAUGUGGACCUUGUCGGAGGGUAUUACGAUGCAGGAGAUAAUGUGAAGUAUGGAUUGCCCAUGGCCUUCACAAUCACCACCCUGGCAUGGUCUGCUAUUGCUUACAAUUUCGAGCUACAAUCUGCUGGCGAGUUAGGAAAUGUUUGUGAGGCUAUUCGUUGGGGCACUGAUUAUUUUCUGAAAGCUGCUUCUAGACGUAAUAGAUUGUAUGUGCAGGUUGGUGACCCAGACAAAGAUCAUGAAUGUUGGGUAAGACCAGAGAAUAUGAAGACUCCAAGAACUGUCCUGCAAAUUAAUGCGAGCACUCCUGGAACAGAGAUUGCAGCUGAAACUUCAGCCGCAAUGGCUGCUGCUUCUAUUGUUUUUAGACGCAUUGAUCGUCCCUAUUCACGUCGUCUCCUUAACAAAGCCAAACUGCUUUUCCAAUUUGCCAAAGCACACAAGGGAACUUACGACGGAGAAUGCCCCUUCUAUUGCUCUUACUCUGGCUAUAAUGAUGAGCUGUUGUGGGCGGCAGCAUGGCUAUACACUGCCACCCAUAAGCCCGCGUAUAUGGUGUACAUCACGGAAGAAGCAGUUACUGCGGUUGUCGAUGAGUUUAAUUGGGAUCUCAAAUAUGCAGGAAUCCAAGUCCUCCUUUCUCAGUCUUUCUUUCAAGGUGACCAGACUUUGAAAUCCUACAAGGGCCAAGCUGACAGUUAUAUUUGCUCAGUGCUUCCUGAAAGUCCUUACUUUAAAAUUCCCAUGACUAAAGGUGGUCUGAUUCACUUGAGAGAUGGAGCCAACCUUCAGUAUGUUACCGGAGCUUCUUUCCUGUUCACCAUCUAUGGUAAUUUGCUUAAAAAAUUCAACCAAAAGGUUCAAUGCGGAGACAAACAGUUUGACUCCAUCCACCUCUUUGCUUUUGCUAAGCAGCAGAUGGACUACAUACUAGGGCAAAACCCACUAGGAAGAUCAUACAUGGUUGGGUUUGGGAACAAUCCACCAAAACAAGCGCACCACAGGGGUGCCUCAGUCCCAUUCUUGGACGCUAAGUCGGAUGUGAGCUGCCCUAUGAGCUUCGUUCGUUGGUACAAUAAAAACACACCAAACCCUAAUGAGUUAACUGGCGCUAUUCUUGGCGGACCAGACAAACAAGAUCAUUUCAGUGAUCUACGUUGGACAUCCGUCUACACUGAGCCAUGCACUUAUGUCAACUCUUUAGCUGUUGCUGCCUUGGCAAAGCUUGCUUUCCCUGUUAAGCCAUAGUUUUCUUUACCCAGCUCAGUGGCAGAUUUUAAGCAAGAUGAUAGUGGAAACACUUGUCUAAAACUAUACUAGUGUAGGAAAAUUUUUACAAGUUUUGCCAUUUACUGUGUAUUGAUUAUUUCAUCGAAUUUAAUUUCCUGAAUUUGCCAACAUGUAUUAAACACACACACACACACACAAAAAAAAAAAAAACAGUUUAGUACAUGAAAUGAACAUCUAAUGUGGAGCAUCUGCACAUUUCUUUUUGUUCUUUUAAUUUUUAAUUACAAUAGAUUAUUAUUAAAUCAAAAACAUCAAAGAUAAUAAUAAGAAUAAAGCUUAAACUCAAAGUCAAUUGAGUAUUUACUUAAAUAACAAGU